UGUGACUCCGGCCUACUCUCCUACUUCAUCUGCGUACGUCGAAGGAACCUGCCGCGAUGAUGAUACGUGUGUUUUACGUGCUCCUCGUCAUAAACCUCCCCAGCCUGGGGGGCAUCGCUGCCAGCGCGAACUGUGUGAGCGCGGAACUCAGUGUGAGAGAACUAAACGAUGUGAGGAUAGAGUUCGUGAAACAGCAGAUUCUGAGGAAGUUGCGGCUGACCAGGAAGCCAUCCGUGGCUGUGCCGGUCAACAGCCUGCCUAUGCCAGUGGCUCAGGGCCAGACCUUGAGCCAGGGGACCGACAAACCGCCCGAGUUCGAUGAAUACUACGGCCGGACUGAGCAGAAGAUCAUAUUUCCGGUUGAAGGAGAAUGCCUGACAUCGGGAAGGUAUCCUUUCACGUGCCUCCAGUUCGAGCUGCCUCCAGACGUAGAACCUGAAGAAGUCACGGUUGUGGAGCUCUGGUUCUUUAAGGAGCGCGACCCUCUCGACGAGUACAACCAAACGUUCGUGAUCUCGGAGGCGGCGCACUGGGACCGGCAGCAGCAGUUCAAGAAGACCAAGCCCAUCGCCAUCAAGGAGACGGACACCGGGGAGGGCUGGGUGCGCGUGGAGCUGGCGUGGGCGGUGCGCGUGUGGCUGGAGGGGCGGGAGCGAUUGCACACGCUGCAUGUGGCGUGCCGGACAUGUCAGCUUCGCCGAGCCCCGCUCUCCUUCCACGAGAAGCACCGCCCGUUCCUCGUGCUGUACACAAAGUACGCGGGCAAGCGCCGUCGAGGCCGAACCCUGGAAUGCAGCGCCACAACCAACGAAUGCUGUCGGGAGCCUCUGUACGUCAGCUUCAGGGACCUGGGCUGGGACGACUGGAUCAUCAGGCCUUCGGGCUAUCACGCCUACUUCUGCAAGGGCAGUUGUGCGCCGAUAUCGGCGGUCUCGCAGGCGGACAGCUACCAUCAUAAUAUUAUAAGAAAAUACUUCUACACAGUGGAGAGGCGGGCGGAGUUCAAGCCGUGCUGUGCUCCCACCACCUUCAGCUCGCUCCAACUGCUAUAUAUGGACUCUAACAACACGGUUACGCAAAAAACUCUGCCCAACAUGGUGGUGGAGUCUUGUGGGUGCAUGUGAGAGUGCAAUAAUCUGACUAGAAUGUGACUUAAGUUAUUACAAGCUGUUGCAUUAUUUUAACG